CCCCUCUCAGAGUGAGUCCGCCUCUGCGCUCCAACCGAGAGGCACCGACUGACUGACUGGCUGCGUGGGGAGCCGGUGUGGGCGAAGCGGAGGACUUUCCUAUAAAAGCAGGGAUCCCACGACCAGACGCGCUCUUCUCUCUCAGUGAACGGCAGACAGGAGCCGCUCUUCCCCGCGAACAGCUGUUUCAUUCCCCCUGUUACAGUUCGGAAAACCCUCCCAGCCUCAUCCAAAAGGAAAUCUUAGUCUAUGGUUCUGACUGACACGCCUACAAGGAUGUCCCGGACCGACGAGGUGCACCGUAUAACGGAGAAUGUCUACAAGUCCAUCAUGGAGCAGUUUAACCCGUGCUUACGGAACUUCAUAGCCAUGGCAAAAAGCUAUGAGAAGGCGCUCACCAGUGUCACAUAUGCUGCAAAGGGCUACUUCGACGCUCUGGUGCGGAUGGGCGAGAUGGCCAGCGAAAGUCAAGGCUCUAAGGAUCUUGAAGAGGCAGCAUGGGAUGUGCUCUUUCAGAUGGCUGAAGUGCACAGACAGAUCCAGAUCCAGCUUGAGGAGAUGCUGAAGUCGUUCCACAACGAGCUGCUCACAGAGCUGGAGAAGAAGGUCGAGCUGGACGCGCGAUACUUAAAUGCUGCACUGAAGAAGUACCAGAUGGAGCACAAGAGCAAAGGGGAGAGUUUGGAGAAGUGCCAGGCAGAGCUAAAGAAACUGCGCCGGAAGAGCCAGGGCAGCAAGCACCCGUCCAAAUAUGGGGACAAGGAGAUGCAGUAUGUGGAGGCCAUCAGUAAUAAGCAGAGUGAGUUGGAUAACUACAUCGCUGAGGGCUACAAGAACGCUCUGUCUGAGGAGAGGAGGAGGUACUGCUUCCUGGUGGACCGUCAGUGUGCCGUGGCCAAAAACAGCAGCGUCUACCACAACAAGGGGAAGGAGCUUUUAACUCAGAAGAUCCCACUGUGGCAGCAGGCUUGUGCCGAGCCCAACAAACUGCCAGACCGUGCCAUGUUUCUGGCCCAGCAGAUGAGCGGUGCAACGGGCACCAUGCCUCCUGGUGCUCAUCACCCAGGCCUGCCCAUCUCUGAGCCUAUUCCUGGUGCUAAACCCCUGCCAGUGCCUCCAGAGCUGGCAGCCCUCAGGGCCAGCGGUGGCAUGGGACAGCAGAGGCUGAUGGGAGGUGUGGAAGGAGGGAUGCCUGUGAUGAAUGGUACGGCCGGCGUUCAUGGAGGAGAAGACUACCAGCAGUGGAUGGAGGGCAAAAUCGCCCAGGGCAAAGCCUCACCGCAGACUCAGCGGCACGGAGGCGAGGUGUACUCCAACACCCUACCUGUGCGCAAGGCCGCGCCAGCCAAGAGCAAGACCACACUGAAGACCCGCACGCUGCCCCGGUCCAGCUCCAUGGCAGCAGGUCUGGAGAGAAACGGAAGAACUCGUGUCCAGGCCGUCUUCUCCCAUGCUGCCGGUGACAACAGCACGCUGCUCAGCUUCGCAGAGGGCGAUGUGAUUACCCUGCUGGUACCCGAGGCCCGUGAUGGUUGGCACUAUGGAGAGAAUGAGAAGACAAGGAUGCGUGGCUGGUUUCCCUUCUCCUACACACGGGUGAUCACUGAUGGCGAAGGAGACUCUAUGCGGCAACUUCGAGUACACAAUCUCCACCAUGGCAAAAGCAGCAGCACAGGCAACCUUCUAGAGAGAGAAGACAUGGCUCUCCCCGUCCCUGAUUACGGCAUCCACUCCCGUAUGGCAGCACAGAGCGCUGCUGCGCUGCACGGCAGACAACAACGCCCCUACAGCGUGGCGGUGCCAGGCUUUUCACAGCAGGGAGUCGAAGAGUAUGAGCCCCGCUUCCCUACGAGCGAUGAUCCACCAUGCGAGCCGGCCGUGGAGGCACCUGCCAAACCGCCCCUCUCCGACGAUGAGGAUGAAAUUGAGGAGGACCACUUUGAUGAAGCUCACUAUGAUUCCUUGGAGAAGACUUCCAGUCCUCCAGGGGACUUCUGAGCUCUCUUUUAAUGUAAACUAGCUGUAGGUGGAUCACUGGGGCACAUUUUCACCCUCAACCCUAAGCUGAAAGGCUCUGAUUUACCCUUGGUAUUACAAUAAUGCUACAAAAUGAAAAGAAUGAAACAUAAUCAGCAGAUAAAGUGCACUACAACAUGUCACAGAAACAGAAAUCUCUGUAAUCGCCCGGAAAAAAUGUAAAUAAAUACUAGGAUUGACUUUAUAUUGAACCGUGUAGCGAGGAAGCCACAUUCAAAAGUUAGAAAAAUUAAAGAUGAGGUUUUCCUGUUGAUUGUUGACUUUGGUAAGGUGACAUUUUAGAUGAGCAGCAGUGGAGCUGAUUAACUCCUGUAAAGGUUUUAAAGCCUACAAGGAGCACGUGGUGUAUAAAAAGAAGAAUGAGAGCAGAUGUUUACUUGUGUGGCUCAUUUUAAAGUCAGAAUUCUUGCCUCUUGUAUCGUUUCGUUACCCAAAGACUAAUGCCUAGCUCCAUGUAGACUCACAGGAUCGGUAGCCCGUCUCUGUGCAUUUAAAAUGCAGCUCCUCCCCUCUUGCCUUGUCAAUGAAAGGGCUUUAAAAUUGCUAAGCUUUACACCAUGUUGGGUGUCUCACCUUUGAGCCUCACCUCUCAAUACUGCCUUUUCACCUGGCAAGAGCACUGUAUGCUUGUCAAACAGUCCAGUGUAUGCACCAUAAGAACCAUCUUAUUCUUCUGACUGAGACCGAUGAUCUUAAAGCACGACGGCAGAAAAAAAAAGUACUGGAACACAUCAGAAAGGUAGAUUAUAUGGAAAAAGAUAUCUGUAGAAUACGUUUGUGCUGAUAGCAUCACAACUGAUAAGCACACUACUCGUAGUACUGUACCUUCAACUAAUUCUGUACUCACAGGAAAUCUUUUAUCUUUCUGCAAUACUAGAGAUAAGCAGCCGUGCAGGCCUUUGUACCUACACUUAAUAAUGAAUUUCACUGGUUCUCAGAUUCAUGUUUGAUUGUUAUUGUUCGUAGUGAACAAGCACUUUAUAAGAUCUUCUUAAAGCAACAUGUUCAGCAGAGAUUUAAUUCAGUAACACAAUCAGCAGGAGAAAAACUUUGUAAUUGCAUGUUGUUUAUCUAGUUUAAGAUAAUCGUUGACAGGCAAACAGGGUCACGCUAACGUAGGUUGUGUUGGUUGCGCUGAGCCGAGGUCAUUUAAGAUGUGCUGGUUUCGGUGUCUGUGGUUUUACUUGUUUAAGAAUUUAAAAUACAUUUAAAUCUUAGAUUUAAAUAUGGGGUUUAAUAAUAACUUGAUAAAGCACUGAAAACUACAUUUAAAAAAAUCACAUCAUCCCUCUACUUUCCCCCCUUGUUGACUUAUUGAUUAUUUUUCAUAAACAUGAACAAUUAUGUGAUUUCAGUAAGUGUCAUGGUUCUUAUUGAUAAUAAUAAUAUUCUAGGGUCCAGUGUGGGUAUGUUAAAUUUUACCUGCUCAGGUUAGGUUUGAUUUACCUUCAUGUUGGAAUAGCUGGAAGACAGGUUUGAACUACUUUUCGCUGAAUAUAGUGCGUUUAAAGUCUGACUUUAGAGUUAGUGGAAUUUUUUUGCAGACUUUUUAAUGCAAAAAAGUGAAAUUUGCCUGGAAUGAAAAAUCCAGGGGAAGGACCCACUUUAGGAAUUAUGCAAAAUUUCAGGUCUCAACUUUCAUUAUUUUUUUAAAAAAUGAUUUAUUUUUUUGUCUUUUUUGAGAAAAGUAUUCCAGGAUGUGAAAGCUGUCCUAGCAUCUUUCAACCAUGCACGAGUAUGAAACCAUGUACAAAAUCUAAAUUAACUGCAUGCUUUUCAUAAAAUUAUAUCCAAAAUUUGUGAAAGGCUCAUUUUCCAAAUAUGAAAUUUUGGAAUAUUCAUAUUUAUGUGAGUAUUUUAAUAUAUCCUAAUGGAAUUUUAAAAUAUCUCCAUAAAUAUCAAAAAAUACCUCUUUAAAAAUAUGUCGGUGGAUGAGGGUCAUUCACUGAAAUAUUUUUUUAAGAAAACCAAUAACAGAAGAGACCUGAAAUUUUAAUUCCUAUUCAUAAGUGAUGAACUGACAUGAACAGACCCAGUGAAACCUAUGAUUUUUUUUUCUUAGCCUUCAGAGAACCAGAUUUUUUUUAAGUUGUUGAUUAAUUUCAUCAGUAAAUUUUAGUUAACAGGACUAUGAGGGGAAUUCCUAUUCACAGUAAUAAAUAUUAAGACUUUGAGAUUUGAGAAGUAACAAAUUUGAAUAUAACUGGUUUUAAAACAGAUUUAAGUCUGAUUUAUUUGUUUUUCUACUUUUCAUAUUAGCAGAGCAGAAUUCGCCUCAGUACUUUCUGCCCUUAUUAAAGCACCCGUACCUGCAAUGCAGUGAACGAGCUUGUUAUUACACAUGGAUGUAAUCAGCUGUGCUCUUUCUACUCCGAUGAAUAUACAUCAAAACUAUCAUUCACCUUAUUGUAUGUGCAUGCAAAACAUGUAUCCACCACUAGAUGGCAAUAAAGCUGGACUUCCUCACCUGGAUGUAGACAGUUUGGAAGGAAAAAAAGAGAUUUUCUUUAAGGCAAUUUUUAAAGUUUCUGGAAUUUUUCACACAUAUUUUCCCCAAAGUCAGCUGGUAUUCAGCUCUAUAUUUCUGAGGAUAUUUCCAAAAAACCCUCCAUUGUUUUAUAUUAAUUAUGAGGAAAAAUAAAAUUCAGGUUUCUGUAGAGAUCAUGCUAGUACCUCCUCAUUAUCAGAGUACUUGUGUAGUACAGAGGUACAUAAACUACAUAUUCAUAAUGAGUCACCUGUAUUGAGUGAUUCAAUUAUUCACUCUCUUUUGUGCUCUGAUCUGCUAUAAUCAUUUUUUAAUUGUCUUUCUAAGGAAACUGUUCUUGAUUAUUGAGAUCAGUUUAUGAAAACGAAUUUUCACUUAAACUAUAUGCUUUCAUUGUUCUUUAUAAUAUAUUUGUUAAUUAAAAUGAUCAAGUCUUCAUACACUUGAAGCACUAUCUUCAGUUUCCCUAUAGUUAAUACAAAAUUACACGGGAUGUUUUGGAAAUAUCUGCAUUAUUUAUUAUUAGAUGAUCCCACAUGUCGCAGCUCAUUUUACAGUUACUUUUUAGGGAGAAAUUAGCUGAAAACGAUAUGGCUCAGAAAUAUGAAAACCAAUAAAACCUACGUUAAUGUAACAUGAGGAGUACUGUACUGGCAGUCUACACUAUACACUGAUGUGAGUUGAUGGUAAACAAAUUGUUUGUUUUUUCGUUUAAUUCUGAGAAUAAAGAAUCAAGUAUUUAA